AUGGCGUCCCAGGUGCUGCAGCUGCUCCGGCAGGGCGUGUGGGCCGCGCUCACGGGCGGCUGGUACCACGACCCGGAGCACAGCAAGUUCACCAACAGCUGCCACCUCUACCUGUGGUUGUUCCUGCUCCUGCUGCCGCUGGCCCUACACCUGGCCUGCCCCCCGAGUGUCCUCACUGUGCUGUUCUACUGCGGCUCCGUGACCGUCUUCUUUGCCGUCAUCAAGCUCCUCAGCUAUCGCCUGCACCUCAUGUUCGAUGAGGGAGAGGUGGUCCAGCACCGAGCCCCGAGACAGAGGGAUGAGCGGAGGCCAGAGGGGAAGGCCGGAUGCCAGCAUGCCGCCAGGCACAAGAUCGCCAGUGACAGGCGGAUUCACAGCAGCAAGAAGGAGGAGCUGCGCGGGAGCCUGGCCACACCGGCCACACCACCACUGCACGGCAGCUCCCAGGGCAGCGUGUACUCCCAGCCAUCCUCGGGGGCUCUGGAGCUGCCGGCACAGGAGACGGCAGAGGACCUGAAAGGCGUUGUUCUGUCAGAAAACCAGCCCGAGGGCAUUGUGUCCACCUCCCCAGGCAUGAAGUCAGAGAACCACGCCUCCCGGGGUCAUGUGCCAGAGCCCAGGCCCGCAGACCCGGGGCAGCAGGCCACCGUGACAGGAGGGAAGGAGGCCCCCUGUGCCCCCGGCCAGCGUCCCCGCCGUGGCUCUGAGUGUGGCCUGGGGGGCCCCGCAGCCCCAAGGAUGCCUCGCCUGUCGCUGUCACAAUCUGACGUGUCCAUCCAGCCAUGGGGCGGGUGCCCAGCUCUCAUCCCACAGCCUGGGGGUUCGCCUGGCCCCGGCAGGCCCCAGCCACCUGAAGGGUCACCCCACAAUAGCCUGGGCAGCAGCCGCUGCGAGUAUGAUACAGUCCUGGCCCGCACGCCCGUCACACCUGUCACACCUGGCCGGGCCCAGGAGGCCACCAGCUCGGAUGGCGAGGUGGCAGUGACCCUCGUCGACACCUCCCAGCCCGGGGACCCCCCAAGUCUGCACGAGCCUGUCAGGAUAGUCGUCACUGUGAGCAGCACCCCAAGCUCCGGGAGUGAGCUGGACAGCACACUGCAUUCGAGGGUGACCAGCUCGGACAGGCUGGAUGGAGAGCCUGCUGGAGACCCUGGGCACGCCCAGAUCCCUCUGAUCACCCUCCAGCUAACGGAGGACGGAGCAGGAGGGACCGAGGACACGGUGGCCGUGGUAUGCUCCACCCAGUGUCCUGGGCCCUGCUCGUGUGACACCCGGGGACCAGGCACUGCACCCACUCCGCCCUCGGCCCAUGUGAACCCUGAGGCUGGCGAGAGCAGGGAGGCCCAGGCCAAGCUCGACCCGGCCUCCUGUAGGGGCAGCCAUGAGAAGAGGCACGCGCGUGUGCUCAGCGUGGACAGCGGGACCGACGUCUUCCUGAGCAGGAGCACCCGGGAGGUGGCGAACGAGGGCGAGAAGCCCAUCCCCACGUCCAAGUCAGACCUGGAGGCCAAGGAUGGACACACCCCACCCGAGUCCAACUUCCUGGAGUUUGUCUCCCUGCUGGAGUCCAUCAGCUCAGCCAAGGUGCCUGAGGCAGCUGUGGGGACUGGAGUGCAGGUGGGCGUGGAAGAUCACACUUCUCCAGGAACCAAGGACGAAGCUGCGGAGACGGAGAGGCCCAGUGGAUGUGAUGCCCGGCCAGGAAAGCCAAGCUUGCUGGGACAAGACCACGCAAAUGCCAGCCCGGUGCUCGUGCAGCCACCCAAGGGCACAGCGCUUUUGCAGGGCAGCCGGCAGAGGCAGAUCAUCUACAGGGUGACUUCCCAGCAGGACAGCUCAGUGCUGCAGGUCAUCAGCGGCCCUGACACAUCCGUGCAGGAGGAGGUGUCCCUGGACGCCAUGCACGUCUUCAUCGGCGAGAACGGAGAAAUCAGAUCCUGUUACUUAAAGUCUGGAAACCAGAAGGACGGCUCCUCCGGGCAGCACGCUCCCUCGAACCCGGACUGUGUGUCUCGGGCCAGAGACGCUCUGCUCAGCUCGUCCAGCACCAACACUUCCGGGAGCCCCGACCCGUCCUCGGGGGACCCCGCGCUCGGCGCCCUCCAGCAGCAGCUGUUGCUCAUGAUGGCUCGGAGGACACACUCGGAGACCCCUCGGCACGUGCGUCAGGACGCGGAAGACUCGUCACACUCCUCCGGGAAGUUUAGCCGGGAGCAGUUUCACAAGUUCCUCAUCUUCCCCGGGAGGUGGAUCAAAGUGUGGUAUGACCGGCUCACCUUGCUGGCCCUGCUGGAUCGGACUGAGGACGUGGCAGAGAACAUGGCGGCGGUUGUGCUCGGCGUCCUGGUCUCACUCCUGGGCUUCCUCACGCUCAGUCGUGGCUUCUGCAAAGACCUGUGGGUCGUGCUCUUCUGCGUGGUGAUGGCGAGCUGCCAGUACUCCCUGCUCAAGAGUGUCCAGCCCGACCCUGCCUCACCGAUCCAUGUAAGUGUGCCGUCCUCUGCUUGCCCUGAAAGAGGCAAUGCACACGCCCCGUCAAGGGCCGUGUUUGCCCCCAUGUGUGUGUCUUGGACACAGGACCCUCGUGCAUGGCGCUGGGCUCUGGCUGGGUGUGGGUGCUUGGGCACGGUGACCCCACCUCUGCUGAGUGUGCUCUGGGCCUCUGGCUGCCUCAGUUUCCUUUUAGGACUGUGGCUCAAGGGACCCGAGAGCACGGCUAGAAGGCCAGAGCUGGACCCCAUGGCACCGCUGGGCCUGCUGGGAGGCCUGGCUCUGGCAGCACACCCAUCGGCGUGCGGCCCUCCCCAGCGGGUUGUGUGUCUUCCAGACAUGGCUCAGAGGGUUGUGUGUCUUCCAGACGUGGCUCAGCUGAUGUGGUUUGAGAGGCUCCACGUGUGGCUUCAGUGCUUUGAGAAGUACCUCCUGUACCCGGCCAUCGUCCUGAACGCCCUCACCCUGGACGCCUUCUCCAUAAGCAACUACAGGAGGCUGGGGACCCACUGGGACAUCUUCCUGAUGACCACUGCGGGCAUGAAGCUGCUGAGGACGUCCUUCUGCAACCCCGUUCACCAGUUUGCCAACCUGGGCUUCACCGUCAUCUUUUUCCACUUCGACUACAAAGACGUCUCUGAGAGUUUCCUCCUGGAUUUCUUCCUGGUGUCCAUUGUGUUCACCAAGCUGGAGGACCUGCUUUACAAGCUGCAGUUCGUGCUGGCCUACGUGGCCCCGUGGCAGAUGGCCUGGGGGUCCUCCUUCCACGUCUUCGCCCAGCUCUUCGCCAUCCCUCACUCUGCCAUGCUCUUCUUCCAGACCCUCGCCACCUCCAUCUUCUCCACGCCCCUGAGCCCCUUCCUGGGCAGCGUCAUCUUCAUCACGUCCUACGCCCGGCCUGUGAAGUUCUGGGAGAGGAACUACAAGACGAGGCGCGUGGAUAAUUCCAACACAAGACUGGCCGUGCAAAUGGAGAGAGACCCAGGGAGCGACGACAACAACCUCAACUCCAUCUUCUAUGAGCACCUGACCCGGGCGCUGCAGGAGUCGCUCUGCGGGGACCUGGUGCUGGGCCGCUGGGGGAAUUACAGCUCUGGAGACUGCUUCAUCUUGGCUUCAGAUGACCUCAACGCCUUCGUCCAUCUGAUCGAAAUUGGCAACGGUCUUGUCACCUUUCAGCUUCGAGGCCUGGAGUUCCGAGGCACCUACUGCCAGCAGCGGGAGGUGGAGGCCAUCCUGGAGGGCGACGAGGAUGACCAAGGCUGCUGCUGCUGCAGGCCUGGCCACCUGCCGCACCUGCUGUCCUGCAACGCCGCCUUCCACCUGCGCUGGCUCACCUGGGAGGUGACGCGCACGCAGUACAUCCUGCAGGGCUACAGCAUCCUCGACAACAACGCGGCCACCAUGCUGCAGGUCUUUGACCUCCGGAGGGCGCUCGUCCGCUUCUACAUCAAGAGCAUAAUAUACUACCUGGCGGCCUCCCCGAAGCUGCUCUCGUGGGUCAAGAACGAGGCCCUGCUGCGGUCCCUCCAGCCGUUCGCCAAGUGGCACCACAUCGAGCGGGACGCCGCGAUGUUCAGCGUCAACACGGACGACGACUACGUGCCCUGUCUCCAGGGCAUCACGAGGGCCAGCUACUGCAAUGCCUUCCUGGAGUGGAUUCAGUUCUGCGCUGGGAAGAGGCGGGAGCUCUCCAAGGCCCUGGACCACGUGGACAGCGAUGAGGACUCACCUCUGGUGACACUUUCCUUCGCCCUGUGCAUUCUGGGAAGGCGAGCUCUGGGAACAGCAGCACACAGUAUGGCCAUGAGCCUGGACUCCUUCCUGUACGGGCUGCACGCCCUCUUCAAGGGCGACUUCCGGGUCACCGCUCGAGACGAGUGGGUGUUUGCCGACAUGGACCUGCUGCACAGGGUCGUCGUUCCCGCCGUCCGGAUGUCCCUGAAACUGCACCAGGACCAGUUCACCUGCCCGGACGAGUACGAGGAGCCCGCCGUUCUCUACGAAGCCAUCCGGGCCUUCGAGAAGAAGGUGGUCAUCUGCCACGAGGGGGACCCGGCCUGGAGAGCCGCGGUGCUGUCCAACCAGGAGGAGCUGCUGACCCUGAGGCACGUGGUGGACGAGGGCGCCGACGAGUACAAGGUCAUCAUGCUGCACAGGGGCUUCCUGAGCUUCAAGGUCAUCAAGGUGAACAGGGAGUGCGUGCGGGGCCUCUGGGCCGGGCAGCAGCAGGAGCUCAUCUUCCUGCGCAACCGCAACCCGGAGCGCGGCAGCAUCCAGAACAACAAGCAGGUCCUGCGCAACCUCAUCAACUCGUCCUGCGACCAGCCCCUGGGCUACCCCAUGUUCGUGUCGCCGCUGACCACGUCCUACCUCGGCACGCACACGCAGCUGCGGAGCGUCUGGGGCGGGCCUGUCACCCUGGACCGCGUGAGGUCGUGGCUCCAGGCCAGGUGGCUGAGAAUGAGGAAGGACUGCAGUGUGGGCCAGCGGAGCGGGGGCAACAUCGAAGACGUGGACGCCGGGGCGCCGGCAGCAGGCGGCAGCAGCGCCCCUAGUGGAGAGAGCCGCGACAGCAGCACAGAACAGCCCCGGCGAGGCGCCCCGUGGGCCUCACCCCGCGGGAGGGCGCCGAGGGCAGGCCGGAGGAAGGGCAGGAGCCACUCCGUCCAGGCACACUCAUCGGUGAGCCAGAGGCCGCCUCAUCUGAGCUCCUCGGGUCCCAUCCUGGAGAGCCACCAGGCCUUCCUCCAGACGUCCACGUCUGUGCACGAGCUGGCCCAGCGGCCCUCGGGCAGCCGGCUCUCCCUGCCCACCUCUGCGGCCUCCCUGCAUGCCCAGCCACCUCCUGUCACGACCACGGGCCACCUGAGUGUCCGAGAGCGGGCCGAGGCACUCAUUCGGUCUAGCCUGGGCUCCUCAACCAGCUCCACUCUCAGCUUCCUCUUUGGCAAAAGGAGCUUCUCCAGCGCACUGGUCAUAUCCGGCCUCUCUGCCGCAGAGGGCGGCAACACCAGUGACACACAGUCUUCCAGCAGCGUCAACAUCGUGAUGGGCCCUUCCGCCAGGGCCGCUGGCCACGCUGCUCGGCACUUCUCUGAUCCGUGCGAGCCCAGUGACAGCCCAGAGCAGGGGCGGCUCCGAGAUGCACGCCUGGCGGAGGCCGGGCCCCCGGGCGUGCUGUGCCGGAGGGCCAGCCAGGAGGACAUGGGCCUGGACGACACGGCCUCCCAGCAGAGCGCCUCUGACGAGCAGUAGUGGGACCCGGGGACCCCGGCCACUCGGCCCUCCCCGGGGAGAGGAGGGCUGCCAAGAGCGGUCGUUUAUCUCAGGUUUGAAACACUCUCGCAGGGGGCGGUGGACGCUGUGCCUCAUCAGGCACAGGCUGGACGCUUCUCCCGAAAGCCACGCCCAUCUUAAAGCAGCCCUGUGAGGACGGUGACCAGCCCCUCCUGGCCGGUAAAAUUAGAGCAGCCCCGUGCUAGGUUACUCUCCCCGAGAGCACUGGGGCACAGCCCCGGAGCAGGGCACAUCCGGUCACACCCGCAGGUCACUGCUCACUGCAAGGCCACCUGGAAAGGGCCCGUUCUCCACCGCCUUCGCCCAGCUGUAGGUGCAAGCCACUAGCAACAGCUGAUCCAGGAGAGCCCAGAGGCGACACGCCCCGCCCUCUGCUCCUCAGGCUUCUGGGCCCUCAGGACCCCGCGUGCUUCCCAGGAAUGCAUGCCCGUCUUCCGAGCCGAACACGUUCUACUGUACACGAGCACAUUUGCACACACCUGUUUUAGGGAUUAAAAUGUUUACAGUUAUGUGUCUACUGUCCUCACUGCACGCAUCUGCUGAGCCCUGAGUGUGGGAGGAAUGCAUGCAUUCCUGUGUGCAUGUGUGACAGAUUCACGUGUGCGUGCGUGUGUGUGACAGACUCGCCUGAGGCCACCAUCACCC